AAAAUCAACCAAUGACCGUCGACAUGUCAUUUACAAAAUAGUGGAGUUUGAUCCUCUUCUGGACUCGUCAAACAUUGGCAUCACUGACUGGAUCAAGAUUGCCACCUGCAUAAAAGAUAACUACCAGGACUAUGAUGGAUUUGUGGUCCUCCAUGGCACCGACACCAUGGCCUACUCUGCCUCGGCUCUCUCCUUCAUGUGUGAAAACCUGGGCAAGCCCAUUGUUUUCACUGGCUCACAGAUUCCAAUAUUUGAAGCCAGGAAUGAUGGUGUAGACAAUUUUUUGGCCUCUCUGAUAAUUGUCUUCAGAGGCAAUCGCUGCAUCAAGUAUGAUUCACGAAGUCUUUCGGCCUUUACAUCUCCAAACAUGGCUCCUCUUGUCACCAUGGAGAUUGAUAUCAAAGUGAACUAUGCAGCAGUGUUGAGAGCGGAAACUACAGAAGAGUUCUCAAUUGCUACAAACAUGUGCAGAAAUGUUGUUUUACUGCGGCUGUUUCCUGACAUCACACCUCAGACA